UUUAGCGACACUCUCAGUCUAUUGGUCACUUCGCAUGUCAUUAUCAUAGUCGGUUUUUGGGGUGGAAAUCAUGUUAACGCUGUUACAACUGUAACUCUGUUGAACUAUAUGUUUGGCGGCAACAUUGGAAAAGGAAACCAUUUAUACAUUCGUCGCAACACCCCAACAACAGAAACUUCAGAAUGAGCGUGGGGUUCAUCGGAGCGGGUCAGUUGGCCCAUGCCUUGGUGAAGGGAUUCAGCGCUGCAGGUGUCAUUGCCACACAGAGGAUCACUGCCAGCUCCCCAGACACAGAUCUUCCCACAGUGUCUGGACUGCGGAAAAUGGGUGUCAAUCUCACAACCAGCAACAAGGAGGUGGUGAACAAGAGUGACGUUCUGUUUCUGGCUGUCAAACCACACAUCAUCCCCUUCGUGUUGGAUGAGAUCGGACCGGACAUUGAGGACCGCCACCUCAUUGUGUCCUGUGCAGCUGGUGUCACCAUCAGCUCCAUUGAGAAGAAACUGCUCCAGUACCGCCCGUUCCCCAAGGUGAUGCGAUGCAUGACCAACACCCCGGUGGUGGUUCGGGAGGGAGCCACGGUCUACGCCACGGGUACCCACGCCGAGCUAGAGGACGGGAGGCUGCUGGAGCAGCUGAUGGCCAGUGUGGGCUACUGCACGGAGGUGGAGGAGGACCUGAUCGAUGCCGUCACCGGACUCAGUGGCAGUGGACCUGCCUAUGCAUUUACAGCUGUGGAAGCGCUUGCUGACGGGGGGGUUAAAAUGGGUCUGCCCAGGAGACUGGCUAUACGGCUUGGAGCACAGGCCCUGCUGGGAGCAGCCAAAAUGCUGUUGGACUCGGAGCAGCACCCUGGCCAGCUGAAGGACAACGUUUGCUCCCCAGGGGGCGCCACCAUUCACGCCCUGCACGUCAUGGAGAGUGGGGGAUUCCGCGCCCUGCUCAUCAACGCUGUGGAGGCCUCGUGCAUUAGGACCAGGGAGCUCCAGUUCUUGGCUGACCAGGAGAAGAUCUCUCCUGCGGCCAUCAAGAAGACUACGCUGGACAAGGUUCUGCAGCAGCCAGGGGUGGGAACAGGGGUGGGCGUCCGGACGGGAUCUGGGAUCAGCCUGUUCAACAGCAGCAACCCCAGGCAUAAGAAGUAAUUGAACUGAGUGGCUCUGAUCACAGAACAGUGGUGAAUUCAUUUGUGCAUUGCAGACCAUAUCAAAACAUUUAGCAGCAAAAACAAGUUCAGGUAGUUCCUCCCUGUUUCGGUCUUUUUGCUUCCUAGUGAUACGCCCCAGGAAGAGACCCUCAAAACGCCGCUGAACAUAUGAUUUCAACACUAAAACAUUUGUUAUGGUUAUAGCAUGCCAGCUGAGAGGAGGGGCCUAAAUGACAGCUUCAUAAAUGUGAGGAGAAACUUAAAGCAGCAAUAGAGGAUGUAGGGUGAAGGGUCACUUCUCCUGCUCUCCUUCCAUGUUCACUGACUAGAAACAUCUGGACAGGUAAAAGCAAGUUCCUAAUAGGCAUGAUGGCUUUCACCUGUCCAGUGUUGUCAUAUCAGUGCAGAUGAAGGAGAAAAGCGGUAGGAGGUGACCGGGGGAAGAAGACGAACAUAGACAGUUAAGAUGGACCAACAUGGUGAUGAGCAACAGGUCACAAUUCCUUUACAUUUUAGCCAUUUAGCAGAUGCUCUUAUCCAGAGCGACUUACAGGAGCAAUUAUGGUCAAGUGCCUUGCUCAAGGGCACGUGAACAGAUUUUUCACCUAGUCGGCUCGGGACUCGAACCAGGUAUCUAUCGGUUACUGUUGGAACGUACUUACCUCUAGGUUACCUGCCGCCCACUCCCUUUCAGUAGAAACACAGAGACAGAUGUGGAGUUGGCUGUCUUAUGUGCUUAGCUAUCUAUAGCUUCUGUUUCAUAGAAUGUGUGCCUAUAUGUUCCGUUAGACAGAUUGUUAGGUCCUACAUUAUGUACAGUCUUACUGGAACUAUUUUGGUCUGUUGCUAAACAGCAAAGGUCCCUGUUUUCUAUUGUUGUUUAUCUCUUCAUUUUCUGGCUAUUUUCUUUGCUUGAUUGAGAGAUUAUAUCACAGCUUUAGUAUGUUCAUCAUUUUAGCCUGACUGAGGGAGUUUGUAGAAGGAGCAACACUGUUUAGACACACUUGGAAACCACAACAAAAUGGGAAUCCUAUUGAACUUUUCUUUAUCCAGGUUUGUCUUGUUGAUGUAUAUCUUCUUUAAAAUAGACUUGUUCAAGAUGGGAGUCAUUCAUGUUACAAAAGUUACACACAUAUAGAUAUCUAUCUAUACUGAACAAAAAUAUAAACGGAACAUGCAACAAUUUCAAAGAUUUUACAGUUACAGUCACAGAGAAUCAUUCAAUGUAAAUAAAUUCAUGAGGCCCUAAUCUAUGGACUUUAAAUGACUGGGGAUACAGAUAUGCAUCUGUUUGACAAAGAUGCCUUAAUAAAAAUGGGCCUCACAAUGGGCCUCAGAAUCUCAUGGUAUUUUUGUUUGUUCAAAUUGCCAUCGAUAAAAUGCAAUUGUGUUUGUUGUUCGUAGUUUAUGCCUACCCAUACCAUAACCAGGGUCGCCACCAUGGGGCACUGUUCACAAUGAUGACAUCAGCAAGCUACUCGCCCACAUGACGCCAUACACAUGGUCUGCAGUUGUGAGGCAGGUUGGAUGUACUGCCAAAUUCUCUAAAACGACAGUAGAGAAAUUAACAUUAAAUUCUGUGGCAACAGCUCUGGUGCAGAUUCCUGCAGUCAGCUCUGGCAUUGUGUUGUGACAACUACAUGGCCUUUUGUCCCCAGCACAAGGUACACCUGUAUAACGAUCUUGCUGUUUAAUCAGCUUCUUGAUAUGUCACACCUGUCAGGUGGAGGGAUUAUCUUGGCAAAGGAGAAAUGCUCACUAACAGUGAUGUAAACAAAUAUUUGCACAACAUUGAGAAGCAUUUUUGUGCAUAUGGAGCAUUUCUGUGAUUUAAAAAAAAAUGUUUUCAGUUCAUGGAACACUUUUACAUGCUGCUUUUAUAUUUCUGUUCAGUGUAGAUGAAUCUCUUUUGCAAGAUAGACUUGCUACACACAAACACAUCUCCUUUGUGUGAGAGACUUGUUCAAGAUGGUAGCAAUCAUUGUUACUCAUACACAGUAGGUAGACUACAGUAUUUUACAUAAGACAUUUUACAUUCAGUCCUUUUACAUAUUUGACUGGCAUAUUACUGUUUACAAGGUGGAAGUGGUACUAUUAGGCCAAUACAAAGUGAAAUACAUGAAUAUGCUGAACGUGUAAGAGUUUACACAUUUUGUUCACAAAAUAUAUAAAGUCUAGAUCUGUUUUAUUAAAUGUUAUUUCCAAAACGUUCAUGAUUAAUUAAAUUAUUUAAACUAUUUUCCUGUAGCCUGUAUGCAUAUAUGGGUGAUUUUGCAAAUACUGGCCUUUUUGUGUCUCAGGGUUAGAUUAAGAUAAAAUGUUAAUUUAGAUUUUUUUUCUUCACAUCGAGACUAUAACCUAAACUUUUUCUUUCAGCUUUCAAUAUUCUUUAUUUUAUAAAGCAUUUCAUGUCUGGAAUUCACUGUUUUGCACUGUUUUUGUCCUGUCUCACACCCAGGCUUUUGACAUUCUACUAUGCAUUACACUUACAAAAGUCUUGCUAAUUAGAAAAUAUUUAAUGCACCCGUUUAAAAAAUAAAAGAGUUAAAUAAAUGGAAACUAUAUACAGUGCCUUCGGAAAGUA